AUGUCGGAUGAAAAGGUUUGGAAAAGAUGGUGCCGGACGUUCCACUGGCUCCGAGGCACACCAAAAAGAUCCAGAUGUUCAUUGUGUCCCGGCUUUCAGAGCAAGGUCUGGAAGAAGAGCCAACUGAUCCAACAUGAGAGAAGUAAAGUGCAUUCAACUUCAGCUGGGCGAUGUUGCUGUCCAGAUGCCGAAGCCUUUCGCCAAAUGUUUGAUGAGAGGAACAAUGGCACCUCUCUCCGAAAAUCCAAGCAUGGUCUGUCCAAGUCAGUGAAGCUAAUGUGGGUUUCAAAUGAAGCCAUCAAGGAGAUUGUCAAAGCAAGGGUUCAGCGAUGCCUGACGGCGAGUCUGUCGCAAGAUGGGCAGGGCAGUUCUUUGGGAGUCAGAAUGACUGUGGUCAGCUUUGCAAAGGGCGAGGAACGACUCAUCACUACCAAUUCUCCCCUGGCGUUUCUGAAGAGCGAGCUAAGUGGGUCUCACAAUCUGGCAAAGGCAUCUCGCAAAGCAUCCCGGCGUUUCUUCACAAAGAGAUUGUGUCCACCUCAUGGAUGGAUUGGGAUGAAGCCACUGAUCUACGCAAGGAGAACAACGCCCAAGCCCAAGAAGAAUGCUGAGUCGUUUCUGCUUUCCAUCAAUGAGGAAGCCAUACUUCAAAUGGCGAUGAUGUGUGACGCAGCACAAGAGGAGCUUGACUUGAUCCGGUUCUGUGACAAGAACACCGUGGACGUGUCUCAAAUGCGAGCUGCAAUGGAUGGUUUCAUGAACCGAAUCAACACCUUGUUUCUCAAACAGAAAGCUCUUCAGGUUCAAUCCUACACACGACAUGUCUCUUGA